GGAAACCGCCCCCCCCCGACGCUUCGGUGGUGGCGUCCCGGAUCGUCUUCGCUUUGAAGUUCUGCAACGGGAAAUUUGUGAAGGCGAAGAUGAGGUGGUGCGCGAAGGGCUACAUGGACUCCAGGUUGGAGGGGGGACUUGAAAAGCGCUGCCACACCCUUUGCGACAGCUCCCUCCUCAUCAUCCUCCACUGGCUCGCCAAGAAUAACAAGCUCGCGAACAUUGCCGACAUUAGUCAGGCUUUCCUCCGCGGCGAGCUGUUAACCGACCCAGUUUGGCUGCAGAUACCGGAGGCGAUUCAGGGCAUGGGGUUCGACAGCAAGUUCAUAAAACUGCGGCGCUGCAUCUACGGCCUGGCCGACGCUCCACUGCAGUGGCAAAAGUCCCUCUUCAAGAGCUUGCGGGUAGCGGGUUGGCGGCAGGACAACCAGGACCCAUGCCUGUGGUACUUCCCCAAGCAGAAACCCGCCCAAGAACAGAAACCAGCAAACGGGGCCGAAGCCCCACCAGCAGCAGAAACGGAGAGCAACCUCGUUGCGAGCAGCGAUGAGGAAAGGAGAAACCAAAACCCACUGAUGAGCAGCAGCAUCGACGACCCCUUGCUGCAGGAAGCUCAAAUCGAGGGGAUUUUGGGUGUUCACGUCGACGACACCUUGUACGGUGGCAGCCGGGCGGCGCAUGAAAGUUUGGAGAAGGUCUUCGAGGAGUUCCCGCCGGGAAGCCGUACCUGCUUGCAGCCUGGGGACUUCGACAAUUUUUGCGGCCGGACUAUAACCUGCACGGGACACGGGGAAUUGGCCCCAAGUGACAAGGACGACGACACGUUCAGCAAGGCAGAAGGAGGAAAAAUUUUCGCGGCUUCAUCCUCCUCCACCUACAUCGGCUUCGAAGUGGGUCAGCAGUCGUUCAUCCAGGGGAUGAAGAUGAUUUCCGACGCGGAGUUGCAGAACUUUUUUCAAAACAGAAAACGAAAAUCGCCCCUGCGCCGGGCGAUUGGGGAGCUUAUGUGGGUUACCAAGUGCCAGGUGAGUUUUGUGGCCAGCAUCUGCAUCCUGGCAGGGCGGGUGGACGACGAGGCAACGGAGGAAGACUACGAGCUAUUGGUGAGCGAAGUCAACGAGCUGAUCGCGCUGGUAAAGGAAAACGCGCAGGACACGAUCAAAAUUUUGCCCACCAGCAGCUCCCCCGACGUUGUUCUGGGCCUGGUCGAUGCGAGUUUGGUGCCACGCCUGGGGGCAAUGGUUUGCCUCCUCAACAAGCGAAAAGAGGCUGCACAAGCGGGGGAAAACGAAAAAGAUUUGGUCUACAACCUGGUCACGCACUACAGCGCCAAGCCUUCCCGGGUUUUCAGCAGUAGCACAAGCGCGGAAUUGCUGGCAAUCCGGUUGAUCAUCAGCGAGUUGCUGUACUUUCGCGGAAUUUGUGUUUCCGCCGGCUUGGCUACGGCAGUGCAACCGCUGGUGAUCUGCACCGACUCCAACAACGUGGUCCGGAGCAGCACCAACACGCUAAUACGGGCGCCAACGGAACGCAACCUGCGGGCGGAUUAUUUCUUCAUUUCGCGGCUGGUGCAGGACGGCGACCUUUGUAUUUUUCACAUCAAAGGCGCGGCGAACCCGAGCGACAUUUUGACCAAAGAGAUCGCGAAAUGCGAUCUCGAAAUGGUUCGCCGCUUCCUGCAACAUAACGACGCCGACUUUCAGCUUCCCCCGGAGGUGCUGGGAAUGCUGGAGUGA